GGUUAUGUGUUUAUAAGUAUUCAUUGUGAGAUAAUAAACUAGUAGGGUAGGGUAUUUUAUGGUAGGGUUAAAACUUUAGUGUCUGAAGUGAACGUUGUACAGGAUUGUCUGUAGAAAAUGUCACUAGCAGAAGCAUUGAAAAUUCCAAAACAUGGAUCAAAACACCUUUCAAUGAUAGUAAAUGCUGAAGGCAAAGUUGUGCAGGCUGAAAAACGAGAAGAUGAAGAACAAGCUAUUAAACAACAAGAAAUUAUUGAUCUUCUUUUUGCAGCUGGAUACUUUAGAGCAAGAAUUAAAGGGCUUUCAGCGUUUGAUAAGAUUGUGGGAGGAAUGACAUGGUGUAUUGAUUCUUGUGAUGUGGACAUUGAUGUUGAUUUGCUUUUUCAAGAAAAUCUUACUAUUGGUCAGAGAAUAGCAUUAACGGAAAAGAUAGUGGCAGUUCUACCUAAAAUGAAAUGUCCCCAUGGAAUUGAACCUCAUCAAAUCCAAGGCUUGGAUUUCAUACACAUUUAUCCAGUAAUACAGUGGUUGGUAAAACAUUCAAUGGAGAAACGCAAAGAAAUGGAUGAAUAUUUCCGAGCCUACGCAGUAAAGCAGUUUGACAAAAUGCAUCCCUUACCAGAGAUAGAAGCUGCUGCUGUUUUCCGUCAGAGAGCUGGGGCCAAUAUCAGAAAUGUUCAGGAGAAAUUUCGACCUCAAAGAGUUUUUCGAAGAACAGGGCUCCCUCCCACUGACAUCCAAGCCCGUGUGGAAAGUACUCUCUUUGAGUAUGGAUACGUCCCUUCUGUUUCUGUUCCAAGUGAAUUUGAUGGUCAGGCAGAAACUCGCCAGGUUGACCAGGUUCGAUCACGUCAGCUAAUGAAUACUAUGGCCUCAAUGCCUGAACAAGAGAAUCGCCUGGCUGCUGGGGUGGUUGGCAGCAUUGUCAGCUUACAGGCUGAAGAGAUAGCGAAGGCUGUGGAACAUUAUUCUGAACUUCAAGCCCAGACUGAGAUCAGUGAAGCGACCCAGCUGCAGCGUCUAAAGGAAAAAGAGGCAGCUCAAAUGAGACAGAAGCAGGUGUUGGAGCAGAGGUUGUCAGAGGAGACAGAACAGCUGGAGAAACUACAGGGAGCUGCCAAUCAGGAAUCACCAUCUCAUAUGCUCACUGAAGCAGAACAAGGAAUAUUGAAGAAACUACAACAUCUUGUGACAAUCAAUGAAACUCUAAAACAACAAGAACAAGAUUUUCGAGAACAGUGUAAGACAGAACUGGCAAACCUACAACAGUUAAUAAAAGAAGCUGAGGAGAGUGAAGUACUGGAGGGAGACUCAGAGGAGAGUGGACGUGUCCUGGAACAGUUGACACAGAGUGUGGCAGCGACACGACUGGCAUUGGGUCGUCGUACUAGGGCAGUGGCAAGCCUGCAGCGCCAACUGGAUUUGGUGCCUUCCCGCGCCGAGUUGGCACAGUACCAACGCCGCUUCAUGGAACUCUACAGUCAAGUGGCAGCCAAACACAGAGAGACCAAACAGUUUUUCACCCUUUACAACACACUCAACGAUACUCAUAUGUACCUGAACAAGGAGUUGGGUCUCCUAGCCUCCAUAUCUGAUAACUACCAUGCAGCAAUGUCAUCCCAAACAAGCAAAGAACAGUAUGUACAACAACUGCAAGAGAUACUGCGUGGAAUUGAGACCAACAAGACUAAGGUGAAGAACAAGCUGGAGGAGGAGCGCCGUCAGAGAGAUAAGCUGAGUGGAGAACGGUUGGAGCUGGUGGAGCAGGGCAGGCAGUAUGUGGUGGCAUACCGGCAGGUUGGCAUCGAGGCCACUAAUAACGAGAAUUUACUGAAUCGAUUGCGUAAUAUCUCCACAAUUCCUCCAGCUUAAAUGAUACAGGAGCGUACUCUUACAACAACAUGCAAAUAUUGUUGUGUGAAAUGUUAAGCUUAUCUUUAACUUUUUUCACUAAAAUGUAUUCUGGCAACAAAUAUUAACUCAUUAAAUGUCACCAAGUUUGGUGAUUCAAGGUCCAAAAUUGCAUUACAAAUUGUUUUAACAUCUAAUGUGAGAUGUUUCUGUAAGUACACUUUACAGGAAUUAUUAUUAUUAUUAUUAUUGAUCAAUUUAUCUGUGAUAGUAUUUUAUUUUUAUUUGCAUCAUCAUACAAUGUUGUUACUACUUCAGUGUAACUAGAGAAAUGUGAAGCAUUUUUAUGUAAUACUUAGGGAAUAUGUUAAGAAAAAACAAGUCUAAUAUUGUUUAAACAGUGUAUUGUUAUUAUUAUAUUUAUAUAUCCUCUGUUAUGUAUAAACCAUUCCAUAAAAUGUUUUGUAAAUUAUUUUUAAAA